AUGAACAAGCAUCAUGCUAUUCAACUCAAAAAAGGUAAAAAUGCGUUCAGAGCAAAUUCUCGUAUUUUCUACGACAGAAAUAUACAAACAAAAGCAAAGUUGAUUUGCUAUCAAUUGCUAGUUAGACCUAUCAUCAGUUAUGCGGCUCCAAUUUGGUGGGAUGUAGGCCUAUCGGUCAUGGAGAAGUAUCGCAAGUUUGAAAGAUCCUGCCUAAAAACCUGCUUAGGCAGAUACCGUUCAGCUGAGUCCAAUUACAUCAAGCGACUCAGCAAUAAAGAGAUCUACGACCUAGCAGAUAUUCGCAGGUUUGAUAACUUCUGCCUUACCCUCACUAGGAACUACUUCAGUACCAUGUACGAAAUUGGUAAUGAUACAAUUAAGAAUCUGGAGAUCGAGAACAACAAACUAGUGAGAAUAAUGGCUGGAAGCAACUACAAUCAUGAUAGCCUAGACAGGCUGAAUGAAAAAUACUGGUGGCUUCAUGGUGAAGCUAAGCAUUUAGAUGAAUUACGACGGAGAGCCAGAAUCAAGAAGCAGCAAUUCCGACAACAGCAAAGAGUACGACCACUCUUAAACAGCCGAAGACGUCACAGGCAGUAA